AUGGCUAUGACAUCAGAAUUUGCCAUUACAAAUGGCUUUGAAAAUGAUACAACUCCGAAUGAAACAACUCCUCCGAAUGUUGACGUUGAUUCAAGUCCGAAUGUUGAUCAAGCAAAUGAUGACGUUGAUGCAAUUCCGAAUGUUGAUCAAGCAAAUGAUGAUUUGAAUGAUAAUCCUACAACUUCAAUUCCAACAACACGAGGUAUUAUUGAUUUGAAUGAUCUUCCUCCGGAUCCAUUUGAUAGGCCACCUAUUGCUAGUUAUCACCCAAAUCAAAUAGAUGACAUAAGAAGUUGGUUAGAGUAUAGCAUCAAAGCAGACAAAGUAUAUUGUCUAUAUUGUUACUUGUUUAAAGAAGAUGUUGGUAAUCAAGGCGGAAGAGAUACAUGGUCUUCUAGUUCUAAAGGCUUUAGUGAUUGGAGUAAAAAGGGUCAUUAA